GCUAUACUGUGAAAUAGCUCGACGCGGACAUACGAAAUCUCGAAUGAAACAAAUAUACAUUUGUUGUUUUAGGUCAUAAAUACUAUAUCUGUCGUUGUAACUGCUCAUUUGAACAAAAUCUGAAAUAAUUGCAUCUUUCAGAAUUACAACUACAGUAGUGUCUUGGACGUUUAAAUCGUGACUUUUUGAACAUUAUUGUGAUCUCCUGAGUUUAUGUUCGGAUCGUUCUGUUUUCGUGGAUAAAAACUGAUUAAGAAAAAAAUCAGCACGAUUCGUUGUUCACGUGAUCUCCGCGAGAUGGAAUGAAAUCAAAGAUAAGGUUUGAACAGAUACACAGACACAUCAGUUGGAGAUCUCUGCACAACACGUCUUUGUAUCCUCCAUCGCGGUCUGAGCUCGUAGUACUCAACUUGGGAAAACUUGGAUGACAGAUACUUGAAAACAACUUUGAAAUAUUUGGAUACUUUGUUUAUGUUUUAUGAAUAUUUUGUGUGAUAUUUACUUAAAGAAAUUACCCAUGAAAAUCGUGGGCACUUUAGAUUUGCAGAACUUUUCAAUGGGCCAGUGAAUAUUUGUUUAUCAGUGGCAUUACUGAUAAGCCGUUUGCUCUGAGAGCUCGUGUACUAGAUAGUUAAGAUAAGUCAAAGACAAUUUUGAAAAAAAUAAAGCAAACAUUAUGGAUAUAGCCACAGCAGAACAACAACACGCGCCGGCAUGGCUCACGCGCCCGGACGCCACGCGGAUGGCGGGCGGAUAUGAGGCGGCAGUUGGCUUCCCCUCUGAAGAUCCUAUGGACAUGUUCUCACUUCCGGGAGGAUUCGAGGGCUCCAACUCACACAGGGCCGCGGCUGCACACAACUACUACUCAAACACGAGAGCCAUGGGUUACGGAGGAACAACAUACGACCGAAGCAACUUGUGCCGGCCGAACUUCCACCACGCCUUGAACCCCUGGGCUCCCCUGGACACCAAGUCGAUGGUUGGGGCCCACACAGGAUGGGGGCUCUACCGAGACAACAAGCAGGCCCUCUCCCAUAGUGGGACCACACCCCUGUCCGUACAUCCAGCGUCCGUCGCCACAUCCGGUUCCUUCAGUUUCCCACCUACGCCACCCAAAGACGGCACUCCAGACAAUAGUGCAGUUAACAAUAAUAAUACCAACACAAACAAUACCAACGGAAAUUCCGACUAUACUAGUUCAGAAAAAUCUGUGUCAAAACAGGAAGAUAUUACCGAUAAUGGACUGUCCUACAGCGGCCACACGGCACAUCCGGUACCCACAUACCCAUCAUAUGUCGGCGGCGACUACGGCGGCGGCCUUGGGUUCCACGCGCCCUCCAUGUUCAAAACCUCACCGACCAUCUCUUCCCGACCAAGACAAAAGUCCCGGUCAAGCGCAGGGUAUUCAGAGCGAUCAUUUGACGUGAUGAUGAAUCGUUAUGACGGUGACCUUACUGCAGCAAACCAGUCUGCAGAAGGCCGUGAGUGCGUCAACUGUGGGGCGACGUCAACGCCGUUGUGGAGACGUGACGGCACCGGACACUAUCUGUGCAACGCCUGCGGACUCUACCACAAAAUGAACGGACAGAACAGACCCCUCAUAAAGCCAAAACGAAGACUGUCUGCGGCCCGACGAGCAGGAACAAGUUGCGCGAAUUGCGGCACGAGCACCACGACGUUAUGGCGACGUAAUGGAAACGGAGACCCCGUGUGUAACGCAUGCGGACUCUACUACAAACUACACAACGUGAGCCGACCACUAACCAUGAAGAAGGACGGCAUUCAGACCAGAAACCGGAAAAUGUCCACAAAAAGUAAGAAGAACAAGAAGCUAGCGGCCAUGUCGGACCUCCUGAAGGGUGGCCCUCUGGACAAGUUCUCAGGGUUCAACCCAAUGAACCACGCCAUGCAUGCCCCCAUGCCCACAUACAUGACGGGCGGCUCGUCAUUUGGUUCUUCUUACCUUUCACACGGCGGACAUCAUAUGCAGGGCGCGGGCGCGACCAUGGGAGGCUUCGGUAACUCCUUCCCCACGUCAAGUUUUGCGUCAUCAUUCUCAAACAUACCCAACGGCGGCUACUCUUCUGGGUUGUCGUCUGGUCUCAAUCUAUCUACGUCAACAAAUAUGGUAGGAGCAGCCAUGGCCUAACUGCAACAAAGGGAAAACACUGUGUUUUGAAACAGCUAUUCUAAAGAACGAUAACACCUACUUUUAUCGACACAAAACUGCCAAAGUUAUAUUUAUUGUUUGGUCAUUGCGCGUGUCUGUGUGUUUGUACACAUGUACAGUGACAAUUUCUUUGAUUCGAGAACGAUUCGAGGAACGCAGUGCUGUGGCUUAUCAGAGAAUAAGCUUUAAAAUCUACGCAUUGAGAUAGACCAAGCUUGUCGUGGUUUAAAUGCAGACCAGGUUUUGUUCAAAUUAUGUGACAGUUUCAAUGGAUUAAGGACUUUAGAAAGUGCGUGACAAGCCACCAUUUGGGUUAAGAAGCGCAUCACAAGAGAUCUCGAUUGACUGAUCGUGAAUUGCCCGGGGUAGGAAACAAAACUGCGGAUGAAUACAUAAACCUUGCUCUGCAUACAGCAGCAGAAAAUGAACAUUGUUAAACAUGUCAUGAGGUGAAUGUUGUUUAAAUGCUGGAGAAGAUUGAAGAUGUCAUUUGAGUAAAAUAGCAUGCUACGCAUUGUUGAUUGCGCUAAAUGUGUGCAGAUUUUGCUCAAAUAUGAUGCAUCUUCUUUCUCUUCUUUUCACGAGAACGCAUCAGACGAUAGUGUAUCAAAUUGUUAAAUUGUUGUUUGAAUUGUUCAAGUACUAGAUCCGGUAAAUCGUAUGCUAUACAUAGCAUACUAUUUUCUCUGAAAUAUUUUGUAUUUGGUUUCUUUCAGUGAAAUCCUAAUAAAUGGCAUUAUUUAUAUUCGAAAGCUUUUAGGUGAAGUUCGUAUGCAACUAUUUUAUAAAUACAUGAACUUUUUACAAACGAAAAUAAGAGUGUUUUUAGCUUUUGUGCCUCAUUUGAUAAACGAAUUGACUUUUUUCAAAUGGUUUUGAAAGGGUUCAUGAUUUGUUGAAUUGCUGUGCUCAUUUUUUUUUUUAUUUCUUCUAACACUAAAUUGGAAAGUAAAAAAUACAUAGAGACUUACAACCCAUUAUGUAAAUAUUGACUUUGACAAAUGCCCUUGGUAAGGGAUGAGCUAAUCUCAUUUUUUUUUGUGGAAUGUGUUUGUUUUUUUUUCUUCAACUUACACAUGCGUGAGGUGAACUAUUUGUUAUAGAUCUGGUAAAAGAAAGCGAUACAUGUUCAUUAUGUCCUUGUAAAUAGUUAUAUUUAUUUAACACGAGAUUUGCAAAAGAGAUUUGUACAUAUUUUUGACUUACUGAUUGAUGAGAAGAUGUUUUUUAUCUGUAAGUCAGCUGUUUGUCUAGUCCCGGUAUAAAACAUUGAAUCUCAAGUACAUGAAUCAUUAUUAUGCAUUAAAGAGGGUACUUCACUUCGUAUACAUACUACGUAAAUAGAUCACGAUUCUGCCAUUGCAAAAGUGAACAUAUUUCUCUUAUCCAUAAAUGUAUCAGUCAUUUAAUCAUCCAUGACUUGUUAAGGAUCUGCAUAAAAUCCAAAAUGACGUCAUGCUGUCUCAUGCCGGAAGUGACGUUUGUUUACUUCCGGUUGAUUAAAAAUGGCAGACGAUCAUUGCUUUAUCCAUGUAGUUUGCUUUUUUUGAUGCAUGAUGUACCAAAUCAUGUUCUAUUAUGGACCUAUGAUAGCGACAUUCCGAUGUAUGGUCUAACUCAUAUCUCACUUCAAAGAUCAAUCAUACACUCGGAUUAGUCCUACACAUUGUAGUAAAAUAUAUGUUAAUUGUUUUCUAAUGAAAUCCAUAAUAUGGAUAAUAUAUGACAUUAUAUUGUAAUAGAUAUGUAAAAUUGUUUUAAAUGAAUAAAGGUUAUGAAAGUGGAA